CUUACAAUGGCUAAUAUUGAAGAAUGGUUAAGGUUUUGGACGUAGCCAUGGAGAGAUGUUAACGUCGAACCGUUAAUGUUCCGUCUGUUUUAUUAAAAAAAAAAGCUCCGUUAAAAAUAAUUGUUAAACCAAGAAUUACCGUUAGAUAGACAGUUUUAAUAUAUAUAAAGAUUUCAUAAUUUAUAAUAUUUUUUAUUUUUAUAAUUUCAUUUAAUUUUAAAAUGUUCUAUAGAGAAACAAAAAAAUAAAAGUUGCUGGACCACUAACAUCUAACAAUUACUUGAAAGACUUUAGAAAAAGACAAAUAUUGACUUGAUAUUAAUUUGCCUUGUUAUUUUAUUUGUCCACUUCUUAAUCCAUCUUUGGCUAUAAAUAUAAAUAUGAAACUUUCAAUACUCAUUGAAAUAUAGAGAAACAAUAAUAUUGCUAUUAAAGUGUUCUACUAGCUAGUGUUAUUGUUAUUUCAUCAUUUGCCGUUAUGGAUUUCCAAUCUUUGCCCAAAACUCAGGCUAAGUUGAUCAAAGAGAUCAAAGAAACGAUGUUCUCAUUGUUAGACAUCGGUUCUCAUGAUCACUUGCUUCUUUUGCCUUGUGCUUACGAGACUGCAUGGCUAGCCAUGAUACCAGAUACUGAUGAACCUUCCAAGCCCAUGUUCGAAGGUUGCUUAAGUUGGGUGCUUAACAACCAAGCCGAACAUGGCUUUUGGGGCAACUGCGAUGAGAGUGGCAUGCCAACCCUUGGGUGUCUCACUGCCACUCUUGCAUGUGUUGUUGCCCUAAGUAAGUGGAAUGUUGGUUUCGUCAUGAUAAGUAAAGGAUUGGAGUUUAUUCAUUCAUCUAAUGCAAAGAAAAUAUUGAAAAAAAUGAAAGAUGAAGGCUCUAUUCCUCAAUGGUUUGCAAUUAUUUUCCCAAGAAUGGUUGAAUUAGCUGAACAAGUUCUCAACAUCAAAAUCUUGAAAGAUCAAUCCCUUAUCGUUUGGAAUAUAUUUUAUCAUAGACAACUCAUUUUCCAAAAAGAACAACUUAAUAAUAGGGAGAUGAAUUUGCUAUCAUAUCUUGAAGUGUUGCCUUCAUCGUAUUUUAAAGAAGAUUAUUCUAAUACAAUUAUAAAGAAUUUGUGUGAAGAAGGCUCUUUAUUCCAAUCGCCAUCGGCCACUGCAUGUGCUUUCAUGGCUACUCGAAAUUUCAAAUGCUUGCAUUAUUUGCAAACCCUAGCUGAAACAUUCACAAACAAUAAUAAUGUUACGACAAUUCCCACCACAUAUCCCAACGAUAAAGAUCUUAUAAAGCUUUGCAUUAUCAACCUCAUCGAAAGGUUAGGGUUGGCUGAGUCUUUCACUGUGGAGAUCGAAGAAGUUCUUCAACAAGUUUAUAAGAAUUACAUGAAACAUGAUGAAUUAUUUUCUUACAAAAAUGUGGCAACUUUAGAGUUAUAUCUACUCAAAGAAUCAUUAGCUUUUAGGCUUCUAAGAAUGCAUGGCUACAAAGUAUUUCCUAGUAACAUAUGUUGGUUCCUAAAGAAUGAGGAAAUAAAAAACUACAUAGAAUUCAACUCUGAAUACUUUUUUGUUGCAAUGCUAAAUCUUUACAGAGCUACUGAUCUUGCUUUUCAUGGUGAAUUUGAGCUUGAUGAACUAAGAACAUUUUCAAGAAAAUUACUUGAGAAAUCUAUUUCAGAAGGAGCUCAACAUACAAAUCCCUUUAAGAAACUGAUUGAGCAUGAGUUAAGUCUUCCAUGGAUGGCUCGACUAGAUCACCUCGAACAUAGGUUUUUUAUCCAACAAACUAAUAAAGCUCUAUGGAUGGGAAAGACAUCUUCACAAAGGUUAUCAAAGUUUUACAAUGAUAAAUUAAUUCGUCUAGCCACUUUAAACUACGAGUUCAAACAGUAUAUUUACAAGAGUGAACUUGAACAGUUAACAAGGUGGUCUAAAGAAUGGGGACUUAGUGAAAUGGGAUUUGGUAGAGAAAAAAGUACAUACAAUUAUUUUGCAGUAGCUUGUGCUUGCUGUAAUUUGCCUUAUGAUUCUCCAAUUCGAUUGAUGAUUACAAAGGGUGCUAUAAUAGUAACGGUUGCUGAUGAUUUUUUUGAUAUGAAAGGCUCUCUAUUCACUGAUUUAAAAUUCUUCACUAAGGCAAUUCAAAGGUGGAAUAAUGAAGGGUUGAGUGGUGUUAGUAAAAAGAUAUUUGAUGCCCUAGAUAAUCUUGUAAGGGAAAUGUCAACUAUGUACCUUGAACAACAAGAAAAAAGUCAUGAAGACAUAACCAGCUACAUAAGAAAAAUUUGGUAUGAAACGAUUUGUUCAUGGCUUACUGAAUCUGAAUGGAGUAAAAGUGGGAUUGUACCAACCAUGGAAGAAUAUUUUAAAGUUUCAAUGACUUCUGUAGCAACUCAUACCUUGCUUCUUCCAGCUUCAUUUCUUCUGAAACCGACCUUAAAAAAAUCUCAAUUACAAUUAAUGGAGUAUGAAAGUGUUACUAAAUUGGUCAUGAUUAUUUGUCGUUUGUUGAAUGACUUACAAAGUUCUGAGAGGGAAAGAGAAGAAGGCAAACCAAACUCAAUUACAGUUUACAUGAAGAAUAAUUUUGAGAUAGAGAAUAAGGAAGAAGUAGUAAAGUACUUGAAAGAGAUAUUAAACGAUAAGAAGAAGGAGUUCCUUGAGCAUGUUUUGAUUAAUGACAAUGGUUUUACCAAUCUUCCUAAAGAGUGUAGGCUUCUACACCUAUCUUGCUUAAAAGUAUUCCAAAUGUUCUUUAACUCUUCAAAUCGAUAUGAUUCAGACACUGAAUUGCUUGAAGACAUUAACAAAGCGAUUUACAUUCCUUUGAAAUCGAUUAAUCAUGAAGGAACAUUAGAAAAGAAUCUCGUAAAUCCUCCAAAGCCAUCGAUGAUUGAUCUUCCUCGAAUCAAAUCGUCAUCACCGACCAAGAAAUGUUUGAUGAACAUGAAUAACUUUAGCCAACCCUCUAAACAUUUUUUCAUGAAUGAACUUUCCUUUCAUAAAAAUAAAAAAGUUAACAAUUGGAAAAUAACUACACCUAUUAUGCCUUUAAAAGUCAACUUGUGCUUCAUUUGAUUCUAGCCAUAUCCAUACUAUGUUGUAUUGUAUUUUCUACACAAAGUUUUUAAUAUUAGUUUGUGUAAUAAGGAUUGGAAGUGCUUAGUUAUAA